AAUUGCCUGCUUCUCGCUCAAAUGACAUUAUAUUCUACACCAAAAUUGACUACUAUCAUUGUAUAAAUACUCCAUAAGUGGUUAGGGUCAAUCCGUCCCACUUUCGCUUCUGUUUGACCCAGAGCGUUCGCUGCAAAAAUCCUCGAAGCAGGUUUCGUUGUUUGGAGUGAGUCGUCAAAAUAAAGGCGCGGGAGCGUCAUCUCACUUAUCUCACCCUCCAUUUCACUCAAAUGUCAUCAUAUUCUCCAUCACAUUGGCCACCAUCUGGGUAUAAAUUGGAAACCUUGAUGAAUGUCAACUCUCCUUUAUUUCCCAUUCCAUUGCGCUCAAUCCAUAUCACGUUUCCCUUCACUUGAACACUUCAACACUCAAACUCACUCAAAUCUCAUAAUGACCUCAUCACAAAACGACCCUACAGCUUUGACUCGAAGCUUUCACUACAAAACUUCAGCACACAGCUAUGAUGUGAAAUGGGGUUCAUUGGGUGAUCCCAAAUCUCCCCCUCUCAUAUUUGUUCACGGAACUCCCUGGUCAUCUCGCGUCUGGGUCCCUUUCGCCCUCUCACUGUCACGUCAAUUCCACGUGUAUCUCUUCGACAGACCUGGUUUCGGCGACACGCCUGCAGAGAAAAAGUUAGAUCCAACAAAGACCAGCUCAAACGCGAUUGAAGAGUAUGAUAGUAACCUCGCGCGACAAGCAGAGGUGUUUGCUGCGCUCUUCAAAUCCUGGCAAACAGACUGGACUCACGAAAAGGCUCACGUCGUAGCCCAUGAUAAUGCCGGUCUUGUCAGUUUGCGAGGAUAUCUCCUCCAUGACUUGCCAUAUGCAAGCCUGUGCCUCAUCGACGUUGUCGCGAUUGGACCAUUCGGUCAGCCUCUCUUCAAAGUCAUCGCUGAGAAUCCCCAGCUCUUUGAGCAACUCCCCAAUACAGCUUUUGAGGGAAUUUUAGAGAGUUAUAUCAGCGAUGCGGCAUAUUACGAAUUGCCAAAGGAGACAAUGCAGAUGCUCAAAGAGCCUUGGCUUCGGGAAGGUGGAAAACGAGGCUUCAUUCGCGAACUGUGCCAAGCCAACUCCAGGUCCACGGAGGAAGUGGAGGCGAGAUAUGGAGAGGUUGGGCCGAAGCUACCAAUCAAGAUUAUCUGGGGAGCUGAUGAUAAGUGGCUCCCAGUCGAAGUCGCGCACAGAUUGGGGAACUCGCUCAAGGCUAAGGAGGUUAUCGUUAUCGAUAAGGCUGGUCAUCUCAGCAUGAUUGACCAGGGAGCACGUAUUGGAGUUGAGCUGGGCUUGUGGCUUAGUGCUGCUCCGAGCAGAUAAUAAUGGAGACUAGCUUCACUAUGUUAUAAUGAAGAGGAUAAUGUAUUUCCAUCUCUUAUUGAGAGUAUUCUAGUUAUUCUUAUUGAGCUGGUGUGAGGUUGUUAUAAAGUGAC